CGUAUAAUGUGUGGGUAUCUACUGCGUCGAUUGCGUCUGUUACCAUGGUAAAACACGUACCGUCAACUCGACUGUUUCAUAAUAAUUGAUAUAAUAUUUUUGAGGUGUUUAAAACGCAUUGUACAUUUUACAAUAAUAAAGUGGGGUUUAAGAGUUAGUUGUUGUUAUACACAAUCAUUGUUGUUGUGGGAAAAUUGAAAUGGCGUACCGGACAAAAAUUUGCAACGAAGGCGGAAUCUUCAAUGCAUCUAGACCUUCCGAAUACAGCGCAGAAACUAGGAAAUAUUUGAAUGAGCUGAUCAAGGAGAGCCGCUUAACGACGUUACAGCGGAAGUCUCUGCAGGGUUGGUUAAGAUCCGGUGGGGAUUCGCCGUCAACAACAUCGGUCCGUCCCGUUUCCGGAACGUCUGCAGCUCCCAUCAAACGGUACCGGUCGACCAGACCGCGGAUGCUCAAGGACAUCGUCGAGUCUGGCGCCUACGAACCGGAAGCUUACAAACCUAGCACGACACAAAAAAAUUACAACGGGGAAAAAGAAAAAUUGCAGAGUAUUAUGGCUUACGGUAGAGUGACUAAAUUGGAUCCGGUUGCUGUAGUCAAAGUUCCCAAUAUCCAAAAAACCUCCAAUGAAUGUACCGAUGAAGAACUCAUUAACUCAGUGAUAUUAGAAAUUGAAGAUCGCGAAAAGUUUCUAUCAGACAUGGAAGCUUUGGGCCAAGGGUCCAAGUACAGUGCCUCCAUAAUCCAUGAGAUUUGCGAUCGGAUAAAAAAAUUGGAAGCGUUUGUCAGUAAAAAUGCCUGUAAACACAGGCUGGCAGAUGUGAAGGGCAUGGCCGAUAAAUAUCGAAUGCCGCUGGGAUUACCGAAAACACUACCGGGAUCGGUAUCGAUCAUUUGAAUGAUGUAUUUAUAGUUUGGUAUGAGAAUGAAAGGGAAAAUAUUUAAAACAAAUUGUAUCGUAUAAUUCAAUUGAUUUUCCAGCAUCAAGUAUGGAAACCAACUGUACGACGUACGUUAUCCAACUAUAUCAUGAUACGUCCGUAGAAAUUUAAAAUUUAAAUAUAAAUUGAAAAAGCGCACAAAAAUGUAAAUCUAUUUCGUUGCGUUCAUUUUAACAUGUAUGUAAAUUUUGAACUGAAGUAAACAUAUGCGUAUACAAUAUACAUGUACAUUAAU